AUGAAAGUCCAAUCAUAAACAGACUAUGACACCAGACCUACUUAUGUUCCAUAGAAAAAGAAAGAAUUUUAAUAUCACACCAAAUAACCAGAAAUUAAUGUUCUCCAAAACUAUUAAUCAUAAAGCAAUAAAAUAGAAUCCAUUCCUGGUCAUAUUCGAUCUAAAUCAUAUGAACAUGAUUGUUUUACUAAAGCAUAAAAUACAUUCGGAAUCAACAUCGAUUAAUCAUAACUAUAACCAUUGAAAACUAAACGAUAGCAUAGCAUAUCCCAAAAAGAAAAUGAUCCUGGAUUUUUAUCUCCUAAAUUCAGAUUUGAAAGUUGUGACACUGUUGUUACAAGAAAAUCAUAGAAUUUCAUUAAUGAUUUAUAAGAAUGCGUAGAUCUCUCAAAAGUGACUGAAUUAUCAAUGCAAUCACAGAUGUCUCCAUGUAAAACUUACAGUGAAUUGUAUUAAAAAAUUGAAGCCAAAGACAGUUUAAUUGAUGAAUUAUAAAAACAAUUGACUAACACCUUAAAAAACAUGACUUAAUAGAUUGAUUAACUAAGAAAUGAGAAGAAUAAAGUUAUUUAAUAAUAAAUCAGAUAAAUUGAAAUAUACGAAUAAUAAUUGGUGGAAUCCAGAUAAGAAAUUUAAUAAAAGAAUAAAGAGUUAUUGCUAUUCAAAAAAAAUCAAAAGGAUAUUAAAAAAGUUCUUGAUUUCAGAUAAGAAAAGUGCAUUAUAAAUUCUACUCCUUCAAACUUACAAUCUAAAAAAGAGUGUAUGUGUUCAUAACUAGAAAGGGAAAACAAAGCCUUGUUAGCCAAAGUGGAUUAAUUCAGACAAUAACUUCAUGAUCUCAAAUAAAAUCUUGAAUUUAAUAAUCUCUCUAUCAAUAAUCAAAUUUCUGUGAUUGAGAAAUGUGACUUAACACAAUUUGAAAAGACUUUUAAGCAAUUAGCAGAUGAACUUAAUUUAACUAUAGAGAGCAAGAAUAUUAAUUCUAGUUUUAGUCUACUAAACCAAGAAGUUAUAGAAGGAGUGAAAACACUAAAAUAAUAAUUUAAAGAAAACGAAAAGUUUAUUAGAUGUUUAAAAGAUUUAGUUAUAUAAUGUGCGCCUCAAGAUUAUUUUUGCUAAUCAGACCCAAGUUUGAAGGAAGUUUGGAAAUUCAUCAAAUAGAUUUUAUAAUCAUAUCUUGAGCAUAAGAAAUAAGCACAAUUAAAUGAAGUAAGAUUUUCUUAAUUAUAAAAGGACAUAGUCUUUACAUUAUGCAAAUAUUUUAGAUGUACUAAAGGAGAAUUGAAUCAUAAGGGAGCUUGUCUUAUAGUUGAUUAAGAGGUUUAUUAAAGAAUAAUUGAUAAAAUUAAAAGAAUAUUAAAUUUAACAAAUUUAAGCAAUAUUAGAGAACUUGAUCGAAAAUUGGAUUACUAUUUACAAUGA